AUCUUUAUCUUAUCCUUCUCACUUCCCUCCUCUUUGCCCUUUUAUUAUUACUAUUCAUAGUAGUAGUAGUAGUUUUUUUUUUUGUUUUGAUCAAUGUCUGAUCCAACAGCAGUUCCUCCUAUAACCUCGGAGGCUAUUAUCGAAGAAUCCAAAGAACUACAUAAUACAAUAAAUAAAACAAUCCAAGCUACAAGUGACACGCCUGUACACGUCUUUGAUCCUGAGAUGCCACCUGAAAAGAAGGCUGAUUUAGUUUCAUCUACUAAUACAACCCCUAUAAAAGCACCACUUGCAACAGAUAUUGGAUCUGCGGAUAAUGAGAAGGUAGCAGAAGCUAUUGUAAGUAAACCAUCAUCGCCACCGCCACCACCCCCUAUUCAUAGUACUAAGGAUAUAAAUACGCCACCUGGAGCUUACGUGGAUACACCUAUUAGUAACAACGGUCUGCCCUCCUGGUAUCGCGUCGGUUGGACAGCCCAAUCUAAUUUACCUAACCCGGGAGAUGAAAAGGCAAUGUCAGAGUUUAGUCAAACCCAUACCGCUGAAGAAAUUCAACAUAUCUAUAAAGACCGUUAUUCACGUCCUUCUUCUUCUUCUUCCUUCAAGCCUAAUUCUAUAACAAACCAACAAGAGGACCUCCUUACUGAAUUUAUUCCGGAUAAAUAUUAUGGUGAAUGGUUUCAUAACUGUGGUGUUGUCUUUAUUUCCAUCUUUUUCACUUGGCUUUUAACCAAAUUACGACUUGGUCUUAUGUCUUGUUUGAUUGUAGGCGCUUUUUUUGCUACCUAUUAUCGUACAUCAAUUAAAAGAACAAGACGUAAUGUACGAGAUGAUAUGCAACGUCAAAUGAGUUUAAAUAAGUUGGAAACAGACAUCGAGACAGUAGGAUGGAUGAAUCAUUUCUUGGAUAAAUUUUGGUUAAUUUUUGAACCUGUUCUAUCAGCCCAGAUUAUUAGUCAAGUGGAUGCUGUUUUAAUUGAAAAUACACCUUCCUUUUUAGAUUCAAUUCGUUUAAGUACUUUCACAUUAGGUACAAAGCCACCUCAUGUGAAUGGUAUUAAAGUCUAUCCAAGCACUGCCCCCGAUGUUGUGUGUAUGGAUUGGCAAUUCUCAUUUAUUCCAAAUGAUGUACUUGAUUUGACAGCUAGAGAAGUACAAGCAAAGGUAAAUCCAAAGAUUGUCUUGACAAUUCGUGUUGGUAAAGGUAUGAUUGGUGCUGGUAUGCCAAUUCUUUUAGAGGAUUUGGCAUUUAGCGGUCGUAUGCGUAUCAAACUUAAACUUUUUAGUGAAAUGCCUCAUGUAAAAUCGGUUGAAUUAUCCUUCUUGGAAAAGCCUCAUUUUGAUUAUGUCUUGAAGCCAGUUGGUGGAGAAACUUUUGGUUUUGAUAUUAACAAUAUUCCUGGUUUAGAAACAUUCAUUAAGGAUCAAGUUCAUGCUAAUUUAGGACCUAUGAUGUACGCACCCAAUGUCUUUACCUUGGAUAUCCCUGCUCUCAUGUCAGGCGCUAACGAUCUUGAAACAGCGAAUGGUGUCUUGGCUGUCACCAUCUAUUCUGCACAAUCACUUAAACCUAACGAUUUCCUUGGUACUCUAGAUCCUUAUUGUACCUUCCAUGUAAACAACAUAAAGACACCUGAACUCGCACGAACGAGCGCUAUCGAAAAUACAUCUAAUCCAAAAUGGGACGAAACCCAUUUUAUCCUUCUCAACAACUUGAAUGAUAACCUCUGUUUCCGAGUCAUGGAUCGUAACACAGGCCGUAACGAUGUAGAAGUUGGCAUUGCUAACUUGAACCUCAAGGAGGUAGAGGAUACAGAAGAAAAGGCGAUAGAGGACCCUCAGUUGAUUGUCUUGCGUAGUGGUCGCACGGUAGGUGAAAUUAAGGCAGAUGUUCGCUAUUUCCCUGUUGCAAAGCCUGAAAAGAAAGAAGACGGUACCCUCCUCCCCGUUCCAGAAUCCAAUACUGGUGUCAUGCGAUUUUCUAUUUUGGACGCAAAAGAGCUUUUCAGUCAUGAUGAUAAUUCAUUAUCAACUGGAUCUUCUUCACAUCGUAAUGGUGGUGGUGGUGGAUUACCUCUUGUUGGUAGCUUACCCAUCGUCAGUAGUGUCCCCAUCAUUGGCUCAGGUAGCGGUGGUAGUGAUGGUGUGAAUGCGUAUGUUAUCCUUAAAGUAAAUGGUCAAGAAAAGCUGCGUACAGCACCUUUCAAACGUAGUUCUGCACCACGUUGGAACAAAUACGUUGAAGUCUUUGUGGCUGAUAAGGCUAACGCACAACUUGAAUUGAUUGUUAUGAAUAGUGUCGACUUUGGUGAUGAUACCAUCUUGGGCCGCUGGAAUUCGAGCCUGACAGAGAUGGAACGUCAAUUGCAGGUCGACAAGAACGAUUGGUGGCAACUCAAGAACAGUAGUGGUAAAAUCCAUCUUGAUAUGACAUGGAAGAAUGUACCCCUGACAGGUCUCUCGGCUAGCUUGAUGACGAAAGGUAGCUAUCGUCAUCCUAUAGGUGUCGUAAGGAUCAAGUUGAACGGUGCAACAAACCUCAAGAAUGUGGAAAUGUUAAUGGGUGGGAAAUCGGAUCCUUACGUGCGUGUCAUGUCAGGCUUACAAUCGCGUGCUCAAACCGAUGCUAUCCUUGAUAAUUUGAACCCCGUUUGGGAUACCGCUCUUUAUGUCCCCAUUCAUAGCAUGCGUGAAGACCUUGUGUUGGAGGUGAUGGAUUAUAACGAUAUUCAAAGUGAUAAGUUUUUGGGUAUGUGUGAGUUGUUCAUGAAGGAUUUGGUGGUUGAAAAGAAAUUAGAGGAUGGUACAAGUUAUUAUGAAGCACUCCCUGGAGUGAAAAGACAAGUUGACUUGAUGAAUAAGGAAAGAAGAACAGGACGUGGUCGAUUGGAUUAUGAGGCUUGUUUCUAUCCUACCUUAGCAUUAGCUAAACAACACGAAGAAGAGAAGAUACCCCCAUCUGAAGGUAAUGAAGAAAAGGCAACAACAACAACAACAACAGAGGAAGAGACUGCUGUUACUGCUAAUAAUAGUAGUAGUACACAACCUGAAAAGGACCUUCAUGGUGAAGUCAUUCCUUAUACAGAAGAUAACAAGCUUAAUAUGCUCAGUUAUACCUCGGGCGUUCUUUCUGUUAAAAUUCAUGAAGUCAAUUUACCUACCAAGGAAAAGGCAGUUACUGAAAUUCUUUUGGACGCUAAUGAGCCACAAUUCCGUACUUCACCGCUCAAGGGCACCUAUCUUCCAUUUAAUGAAUGUGGUGAUGCCUUUGUGAAGGAAAUGGAUUUCUCACGUCUCAUCAUUCGCGUUCGUAACUCUAAUACUGACUACAAGGAUGAAAGCCGUAUCGGUUUCUGGACCUCCCCUGUACGUAAUAUUGUUAAAUCCAUUCAAGAACGUCAAACCUCUUUGGACAUUGAAGGCGAAGCAGACGUCGUUGAGGAAUAUCAGCUCUUAGACACCAACUCGGGUACUCUUAAAGUUAGCUUUAAAUUUAUCCCUGUCGUUCACUUCCAGUUAGAUCCCGACGAGAGUCUAGAAAACCAAGGUCAAUUGACCAUCACCCUCGUCUCUGCCUCUGGCCUUCGUGCUGCUGACAGGAGCGGCACCAGUGACCCUUACGUCGUCUUUAGUCUUGAUCGUCAUAAGGUUUAUAAAUCACAAACCUACAAGAAGCAAUUGACGCCCGUCUUUGAUAAAUCUGAAAGAUUCACUGUCCCCGUUCUUCAUCGUGCUAAGGCUAAUUUAGAUUGUAAGAUCUAUGAUUGGGAUCAGAUCGGCACUAAUGAGCUUUUGGCAGAAGGUGGUAUUGAUAUCGCUGACUUGCCCUCAUUUGAAACGAUCACUAAGGAAUGUACUUUAAGAGGGGGUACGAUUCAGUUACGUAUGAAAUGGGAACCUCAACUUUUAGCACGUAAACGUGAGGGUACAUCGUUAUUAGGGUCAACGACACGUAUAUUGACAGGUGCAGGUUUGGCAGGUGAUGUAGUUGGUUUAGGUGUUGGUGCUGGUGGCAAAGUCUUGAGUAGUAGUACACGUAUGGUAGGUGGUGCCAUUGGCGGUGGUACAAAAAUUGUAGGUGAUGUUGUUGGUAGUGGAAUGGGUGCCCUUGGCGCCCUUGGUCGAGGCAUUGGUAAAUUUGGUGGACAUAGCCAAAAGUCUUCCUCCACAGGAUCUUUAGGAUCAGCUAAAAUUAUGACACCCAAUCUAUCAUCAUCAUCUGUUGAAGCAACAGUAUCAACUAUAACAAAUGGUUCUUCUACUACUCCUAUUCCUUCUGUUCCUGCUGUACAGCAAGAAGAUAAUAAGCCUACUAUUUAUUCUGAAUCAAAAACAUCAUUAUUAGCUGAAUCCACUGCUAGUCAUCGUAGAUCAAUUUUUGAAAAUAAAGAAAAAAAUGUUACAAUUAGAGUCAGUUUGAUUGAGGCUAGAAAUUUGAAAGGUAUGAAUCGUGACAAGACAAGUGAUCCUUAUUGUCGUGUACGACUUGGAAAACAUUCUCUUUAUAAGACAAAGUAUAUCAAGAAGAAUUGUAACCCUCACUGGAAUGAAUCAUUUACAACUAAAGUAUUUGGUACGUCAGUCCUUGAAUUUACAGUCAGAGAUCAUAAUACUUUAGCAGAUAAUGAUAUUGGUGUAGCCACAUUUACUGUAGCUGAAAAUGUGGAUGAGAGUGAACCUUUUGAUGGCUGGCUUCCAUUAAAUCCCAGUGAAAAUGGUGAAAUUCAUGUUCACGUUGAAGUAAUAAAUGUAUAAUAAAUGAAUAAAUAAAUAAAAGGACAGCAUAUUUACGGUAUUUAAAACACCGUAUACAAAUAGAGUCUUAAGUAGUGGAGCUUAAAAAAAAAAAAGCUUUAAAUUAAA